AUGGUGGUGACACCAAAGCCUGGUGACCUCCUGGAAGGCAGGGGGGACAUCCAGAGGGAUCUGGAGAGGCUGGAGAAGUGGGUUGUUGGGAAGUGCAGGAAGGUCAACGAGGUCAAGGGCAAAGUCCUGCACGUGGCCCAGAACGUGACCGUGGAGGAGAUCAUGUUGGCCUACAAGCAAGCCUGCCAGAAGUUGAACUGCAAGCAGAUCCCCAAGCUCCUGAGGCAGAUACAGGAAUUUCAGGACCUGGCUCCCAGAAUAGACUGUUUGGAUCUCAAAGGGGAGAAGUUGGAUUCCAAAGCCUGUGAAGCCCUGGAGGAGAUUUUCAAGAGAGUCCAGUUCAAACUGGUGGACUUGGAGCAAACCAGCUUGGACGAAGACGGUGCCUCAGCCUUGUUCGACAUGAUCGAGUACUACGAGUCGGCCACGCACCUCAACAUCUCCUUCAACAAGCACAUCGGCACCCGGGGCUGGCAGGCAGCUGCCCACAUGAUGAGGAAGGUCUCUGCUCCCACCCAACUGCUCCCUGCUGGACACAACACCCCCUGGAAGAAGGGAGAAGGGUCCCCAUCCCACCCCCCAAAGAAAAAGGGAGCGCGGGUGGGAUCCCGAAAGGAUCUUGGGUGGGAUCCCAAAAAGAUCUUGGCCACAGCUCUGAAGAUGAACAUGAACCUCCGGGAGCUCUACCUGGCAGACAACAAACUCAACGGGCUGCAGGACUCAGCUCAGCUUGGGAACCUCCUCAAGUUCAACUGCUACAUCCAGAUCCUCGACCUGAGGAACAACCACAUCCUGGACUCAGGCCUGGCCUACAUCUGCGAGGGGCUGAAGGAGCAGAGGAAGGGGUUGGUCACCUUGGUGCUGUGGAACAACCAACUGACCCACACAGGCAUGGCCUACCUGGGCAUGACCCUGCCCCACACGCAGAGCCUGGAGACCUUGAACUUGGGUCACAAUCCCAUUGGGAACGAAGGUGUCCGGAACCUGAAGAACGGGCUGAUCGGGAACCGCUCCGUCCUCCGGCUGGGCUUGGCCUCCACCAAGCUGACCUGUGAAGGGGCGGUGGCCGUGGCCGAAUUCAUCGCCGAGAGUCCCCGACUGCUCCGCCUGGACCUGCGGGAGAACGAGAUCAAGACUGGGGGGCUCAUGGCCUUGUCCUUGGCCCUGAAGGUCAAUCACUCCCUCCUGCGCCUGGACCUGGACAGGGAGCCCAAGAAGGAGGCGGUGAAGAGUUUCAUCGAGACUCAGAAGGCUCUUCUGGCCGAGAUCCAGAACGGCUGCAAACGCAACUUCAUCCUGGCCAAGGAGAAGGAGGAGAAGGAGCAGAAGCUCCAACAAUCAGCGUCCAUGCCUGAGAUCACCAUGACUGAAGCCCUGGAGGAACCUCCAGCCCCGGAUAGUGAGGCCACCACGUCUCCCCAGGAAGGGGAAGGAGCUGAGGAGACACCAAGGACCUCGGAAAAUGGGGCCACGGAGCCGAUGGAGGAGGAGGAGGAGGAGGAUGGAGGAGACGUGUCCGACUCGGAGUCAGACACGGAUGAGGAGGAGGGGUUGGAGACCAAGGAUGUGGGGAUGGAGACCAAGGACGUGGGGUUGGAGACCAAGGACAUGGGGAUGGAGACCAAGAACGUGGGGUUGGAGGAGACUGAGGACGUGGGGUCGGAGAACAAGGACUUGAGCGAAAGGUCGGAACAUCCCGACGCGGCCUUGGAGAAACCGCGGGAGCGGCCGCCCCCCCUGCACCUUCCCAGGGAUCCAGCCCCUUCCCAGGGGAAUGAGAGGAGGAUCUCGGUGUCCAGCCCUGGGAGAGGCCACAAGAUCUUUGUGGUGACACGAGUGGAAAGUCUGCCCGAGCCAAGCGGCACCGCGGGACCCUCCGAGCCCCGGGAACCGGAUCCCGUCCCGGCGCUCCGGGUAAACGGAGCCGUUCCCAAAGGUCCUGCUGGGGAUCUGGGAAUCAGCCCCCUUGAUCGACAGGGAUCCAAUCCCCAGGGACCUGAUCCCCAGGGAUCUGAGCGUGCUGCCUGUGGGGGUGCAGCCCAGGACACCCCCCUUCCCAACGGCCUGAAGACGGAUUUUGUCCGGGCGCUGCCGGAGGCGUCGGAAGGCGACGGGAAAACCGGGAACUGCGGCGCCGAGCACGAGCUGAGCUGCUCCAAGAACGAGCAGGAGCUGGAGGAGCUGCUCCUGGAGGCCAGUCAGGACACGGGGCAAGAGCUGCUGUGA